GUCUCCGUUCGCGAUUCAGUUUCGUUCGGUGUGUUUAUUCCGUCGUCGCGAUCGCGCAAACAUUCCUCCGUGGAAUGAUUUCUUUUACGAAUUUGUCGAUUCUACAAGUGAUUUCGCGUUGAUUUAAUGAAAUUUGAUUAUUUUCACCUACAAGUGUGUUCUGGCGAUGGCCAAUUAAGUGAAAAAUAGUGAAAAUAUAUGAAAAUUGCUACAAAUUUUAAAAUAUAAAAUUGUUGAAUGAGUGAAAGUUGCCCCACAUUGUGCAGUGAUUUGAGGUGAAUGCGAGUGCGAUUGUGCUGAAUUAGUGUGUGAUAAAGGACAGAAGGGUCCUUCCAAGUGAAUAAAUCUUGAAUCAGUGUUGAAAGGUGUGAAUUAAGGUGCAAAAUGGCUGAGGAAAUCCUGCAGGAAGUGUUGGCUGCUAAAUUCGGAUCGGACGAAGAGUUUCCCAAGUGGUUUCUUCAGCUUUUUGAGCGAAGUGAUCCCCGACGCUGUUCGAUCGAGGAAUUUGCCGUACACUUUUUGGGACUUAUCAGAUCGCAAACCGAAGAUUUUACCAAAUGUCCUCCGUCGGUAUGCAAUACCCCAAAGAAAGUACUUCCAUCGUCAGCACUAACAGCAGCGUCGAGCAGCUCUACCGCUGCCUGCAAUCGGAAACUGUCAAUCACAUCCACAACCGAUCUGACCUGCACCGCUAUUGCCAACAAUGUUCCCAUAUCGCAAUCAAUCCCCAUGACAGCAACUAAUGAAACACCAACGACGACGACGGCAGCGAAGGGAACAGCUCAAUUACUGACGACGACGUCCGGCCGUCUGAAAGACGAUACGGGUGGGACCACGACCGCCGAAGGACACUCAGCCGGAAGUCGCCCAGCCCAAACAGGGGAGCAGGGACGAACGUCGAUCUCGCGUGAUUUAUUCGUCGCAUCUCCGAAGUCGACGACCCCCGCCGAAGACGACUUUCAGGCGGGCUUUCGAAAGCUUGACCACGACGAUGCCAGGUCGGUUGCAUCUGCUGCCGCCGUCGCCGACGCCGCCAUCCCAUCUGCUGCUGUUGCUGCUGCGGCAGGUGAAGGAUGCAAUCAAUCGCAGUCCAGUCCAGCAGCUGCAGCACAAUCGUCGUCGGAUCGGGCAGCUGCUGCUGCUAAAGUCGGAUCGUUUACCGGCGAGGCUGUUUCAUCAUCGAGGGCGGCUGGACGAGGUGAUAUCGCCAGACGCAGUUACGAAAGAAUUGAAAUCGAAAACUCCACUGCCACAUCUAUCGUAGAUGCACCAUUCAGUCCAAUUCCAAGUGCCAGACAUAGUAGUUUACAGCCAGACAGGGGAGAUUCAGCUGCUAGUAGCAGUACACCCAUUCGCGGCCAAAAUGCAAAACAGGGUCCAUACCAGCUCAACACCAGCACGCCAGUCAUUCAUCUAGGAAGUCGCCCGGGUAAAGGCUCACGUGGCUCCUGGGCCGCUAUAGAUUGCUCAACUCCCAACAAUAACAGCAGCGCACAACUAUCGUUGGGUAACGGUUCUCGUGGCGGCGGCGGUGUCGGCGUUGGCAGUGACUCACGACGCAGUCACGACCGAUCCUUCGGCAGCAACACCAACACCAGCCGCCAGACCAGCUCACCUUGUUUGGGUGAUUUCAUUACUCACUCGCUAAAAUCGAAAUCGCGAAAAUCAACUGCGACCGGUGCGAAUAACAGUAAAGAAACUAGCGGCGCGGGGAAGUCACUCUUCGCGGAUAAUGACUUUCCGGGGCUGCAAGCCUCGAUGCAGUCGUCGACCCCCGGAAAUGAGCAGCCAAAUAGAAGCAAAAAGCGGGUGACACCAAUCACGGUCAGUAAGACACUCACCAGUCGAUUAGCGGGGGCUUCCAGUUUCGAGCUGGAUAAUUCCGUCAGCCCCGCCGAGGGAGAAAAGUCCAAGAGGAGAAUUGCACCCACCAUACUCAGUAGGUCGACCUCGGCCAGACACGAUUUCACUAGCUCGUCCUUCAAAUCGGAUAACAAUCUCAUUAACUUGACUGAAGACAGCUUGGAAUUGGACCUUUCCCAGAAGGACGAACGUGGCUUACUACGGAAUUACAAGGAUAUCAUUAAAAGUAAUUUCGAGAGUGCUGAAGAGCAGAACCCGGACACGGGCAAAAAACUCCAAGCCGUCCUCCGAAGCACCAUCAGCACACCCCGUAGGAUGUCCGAAAGCGCAAACACUCCGCAAAUUCGAAUCGAUUUAACCCGAGUAACAAAAGCGAAUGCAAUCAAUCGCUUGGUUGCUGUUUACUCACUUCUCAUAGACUUGAACCUCACGCCAAACAUCCUCUCGGAGCUAUCGUAUCUAAUCAAUCUGGUUAAUACUGAAUUCGAUCCGUUCGAGUCACUCCAAAACGAAGCAUCCGACUAUCAAAAUCUCCUCAAAAAUCUCCACAACUGCGUUUACUUUGCGAUGGAAGUUUUGAAUCGUCAAAAAAUCCUCCUCGCACUGCUGGACAGCAUCACCCUCAAAGUGCUUAUCGAAAACGAGCGCAUUGCCACCCUGAACCAGCCGCUCCACGUCUAUCUGAAAGAAAUUCACGGACAAAAGCUCCAGCUGGAUAACAACGGGCAGAAGCUGCUGGAUGCGUUAACUAAAUUACCGAAUGCUUCGUUCGGAAGCAGUGUGCUCUAUCAGCAGGAGGCCGACACCAAGGAGCACUUCCCAUCCGAUAAGGAGUUCGGGGCAUUCAAAAAGCAACGGGAUGCGUUCUGCACGAUUUACAGGACGUGGGAUUUCAAACAUCUGAAUCCAACGUGGAACUUUUUGGUCGAGCUCGGCGGGAAGGUGCGCGCUCUGCUGGCCAUCAUGGAGCAUCCGAUCAAUAUGGCUCACCUGGCGAAGCUUUUCACGGCGCAGCUGGUCCAGUCCUGCAACUUUGACAACGCAGCCUCGGAACUGGCGAUGGACCUCCCGGGUGUGGACCCGGCCAAGUUGGUCAAGUUGCGCCAACGCUUGGUCGCGCCCAGCCAAUUCUCCACCCAGUAUCUGUUCCCCGGAAGUCAGGCGUUUUUCCGUGAUUUUAUCAUCGCCAGCGAGUCCAACCAAACGUUCAUCGAGCAGCUGAAGGCCGUGCUGAUUCACGAGCUGCUCGAAAUGAAUGGGUCCUCGUACGAGGUGCUGAAUGUGUCCAGUUCCGAUAAUCAGCACGAUUGCGAAUAUGUGGUACGGCCGGAAUCGACGACAACGAUGCGUGUCCUGGCGAAAUUCAUCGGCUACAUCAUCUCAAGGCCAUUCGGCUACGAUAGCUACCGUAAUAGCACGGUAGACAAUAGGCAGAUCCAGCUCCGCAAUACGCUCCUGCCUUUGUUCGACGUGAAAUCGAUUUUGCUGAGUGCCAUAGCCGAACGGAAGCUGAUUAUCACCGUACCUUGGUUGGUUCAAUAUUUGGCCAUGCUGGAUGGUAUUAGUCUCCGCCUCAGCUACUACAAGGACCUGUUCGAUGUAUUGUACGAGCUGUACCUGAGGACGAACGCUUACGAGAUGGCAUCCGAGAGGCGGCUGCUGGUGACACCCACUUCCAAGUUUAUCAUACGAGCUUGCCUGGGCUGGCUGUUUGAACAUCCUAACAUACCGGAAGAGUACCUUGGGUACCGCCAGGAGAGGAGAUAUCUGCUAUCGGUUGAUGAAAAGCUGCAAAACUACAAAAAGAUUGAACUGCUUAUCGAGAAAACUACUGCCGAAGAAAUGGAGAUUAACAAAGCUUUGGUUCUGACGAAAGUUGACGAGCAGUCCGGGGGUGUGUUGAAAUGUGAAAUCAAACCAGCGAAGGACGUGCCGCAUGAACCUCUGGCUUCAUUCAAGACUGACGCAACGACGAACAAAAGCGAACGGCUUCUACUCAAUCCCCUGCUGGAAAACAUUCUAAAUGCGGCAUGUCCUUUCCUGGCCGACUUCCGCGUCUCGAUGAUGCCAUCAAAGGUCGAAAAAACCGUCUCCCGAUCCGGACGGUACCGCCACAUAACGACAAAAUACUCCGGAACGUCCACCAUCGCAGCCCAGCAGAAAACAACCAGCAACCAACACCGGCUGCUCGAAGCCUUCCUGCAGUCGCAGAGCUUGUCCGUCCGCCGGACCGUCGAAUUCGUCAUCGAAAGGACGUCAUCGGCGGCCGUCAAGGACUUCCAGGUGGGCCACCUGCUUCCGGAGCGGAAAAAAAUCACCGAGCAGAUUGCCACCCUGCAGGCGCAGUCCAUCCCCCAGGCGACCAAACAAAUUUACAUGAUUUGCUCCGCCGCACUCGCCGACAUCAACGCCAGAUGGGACGAGAAGGUCCCGCCGAUGCUCGCCCGCCGAAUCAAGGAAGGAUUUGAUGCAUUGCUCCCGAGUGAGACCCUCGAGCCGGUGAAACGAACGUGCAUCAAUCUUGCACUGGAACGGUGCCUCGCCAAGACGAACGAAUGGCGCCAGACGCAUAUGCUCGAAAUCGACCUGUUCUGCAAGGACAUCCCGGGAGAAGCUCUGAAGGCAGUUAAGAACCCACUCAGCAAACAAUCCCUUCCCGUGUCGCCAUUAAUCAUAACGUUGGGUCGCGUACAGCAUACCGACGUGUACGAGCAGCUCCAAUCGAUGCUGCACAUUGCCUGUUCGUAUCCGGAUGAGCUUACUCCGGAAGAUCUAACCAAAUUCCUCGCCCACGUGUUGACAUACCUGGACGAGCAGGAUACCAACCAAUCGAUGAACCGUACCUUGGCGUACAUGCUGCUGCAAUUGGCCCUGCUGAUUGUCAUCAACCGAUGUGAUCUAAUUGUACCUGAGAUAAUACAAAUGUUGCUGUCCGUUUGGCAGCACCGGAAAUUGAGAGAGUUUUGCGUCGUUCCCGAACCGUCGUCCAAUCACGUCGUCAACGAGGAUGAUGAGAUUGCAAAACUUGUGCUGGACGGUAGCAAUGCCACUAGCGAGGAUGCCGAGCGGUCCAUCGUCGAUGAGGAAGAUAUCAUGCGUAUCAGACAAAGAAAGCAACAGGAAGACGCCAACUAUAUCUUUUCGACACUGGUGAGCAACCGUUGCAUCCGGAUGAUGGCCGCCCGAGGUGUGGACGACGUGUUUGCAUGCUUUGCUAAUUUCAUCAACAGUCUGGUUGACUGUAAUCUGAUCAGCAUCCGGCUAUUGAACGAACAGUUCGUGAAAAUAUUCAACGAAAGCUGGCAACAGCAAACGUUGGAGCGCGUUUCCCGGUUGAUGGAUGCCGUCCUGCGUGGUGGCCAUCAGUCAACGGCCCAAGGACACCAUCCCGGUGCGAACGAUUCGCACUCGCAACUGUUCCUAGAAAUGCUCUCUGAUUUGGCUCGUGACAUCGAAGACUUUUGAUGGUUGGUGUGCUGUCGCGUGCCCAUUCCACCCAAAGAGCACCCGGGAAACAAUGGGUGUGUGCGGUGCAGAUGAGAUUAUGAGAAUACAGGUAACGUAUUACUGUAUUGCCGGUCCUGCAUUUAAUCUGCACCAAUAGGAAAAGAUACUGAUGUUAAGCGUGGUUACACGCUUUAUUUAGGUUAAGUAUUUUUUUCUUUGAUUAAUUUUUGUUCAUUGCAUUUCUUAUCUAUUUUGACAUUUCUGUUUUUUUACUGGGUUUGUUCCUCGUUUUGAUACAUCACAUGAUAUUAUGUUAAUUUCGACGUUUUUAUGAUACUGAUAAAAUAAAAGACAUUACAUUA